UUGGAUGGAUUGGUUGGGAAGGGACAAAGGUCAAAGUUGAGGUUCCUAUAGGGAGGGAAUCUUUGUGCUUAUGGGGUUUCCUUGGUUGGGGACUCUCUUGGGACCUUCCCUCUCGUCCCUCUCCAUCUAUCCCAACCUUUCUCUUGCUCCUUCUAAUUCCUUGUGAGAUUCUUGAACUUUGAUUGAACUUUUGAGAUUGAGUUAAGUUCUCCUCCUACAGCUUACCCCUCAGUGCGUCGAAAGACAUAGCGUCGCGAAUACUUCAUCAAUCGACGUGAUUCAAAUUGAGAACGGUAGCUAAGAUUGAGAGCUACAACAUAUCCGAGUUUCGCGACAUUCCAACGGCUAUUUUUUCGUCGACGUUGUUUCUUGUGAAGACGACUUUUCUGUCCAGAAUUUGGAUAUAUAUUUUGAGUAAUUCUAGCUCCUAAGUUCACCUAGACUCCGUCCUUAAUCCUAACAAGUGGUAUCAGAGCUGUAUUAAGGACAUUGAGAGGAGUCUACAGAAGUUUGAAGACCCUUCUAGACCCACCAUGGCCUGUGGGUGUGCCUAAGUGGUGUUCUAAAGGUUGGAUGUGUCUUCCGCUAAGGGGAAACUCUGCCGAAAUUUCGUGGACGCCGACACUUCUUUGGAUGGCUCCAACUAUGAGGAAUGGAGCGGACGGAUGAGGAGUGCCUUCAAACGCUACAAGCUACUGAAGAUUGCUGUUGGGGAAGAAAAGAUGCCUGAAGAAGGCGAAGCACGCGAACGGUGGAUUGAGAAAAGCGCGGUGCUUUUCGACCUCAUCCUUCAAUCGGUCAACAAGGAGAUGUUCGAGCACAUCAAGGAUCUUGUGGAAGCAGAUGAUUCGGGUCCAAGGGCGUGGAAACUACUACGCGAUGUGAUUCAGCCCAACACUCUCCUGAUGGUGAUCGUGCUCGAGAAGGAACUUGCUGCCAUCUCCAUGCGACCAGGGGACGAUGUGAAGCCGGUCCUUGACAAGAUCAAGGACACCUAUGCAAGGAUGGCAGCAGCAGGCAGCAGUGUAUCUCAGCUGCAGCAGUGCACCAAGAUCAUCUCGGUGUUGGACAACUCUUGGGACAACCUCAUCCCCACCCUCAACUCUCAGCAAGAUCAAUGGACACCUGAGUGGCUAAGGCAGCAGAUUCUGCAGGAGGACUUCCGCAGACGCCAUAUGGGAGGCGGUGCUGCCACUAAGACUGCUGAGGGGUAUGGAGCUGCAGGGCGCGGCAGAGGAAGAGGGGGUUGGAGAGGCCGAGGCCGUAAUGCCUAUCCUGGUUUGUUUCUUAUGGUUGAGGAUGUGCAUGGGCAUGAGGGUGAUGUGGGAUCUGUGGGAAAGGUUGUGAUGCACCCUCUCAUGCACUGGGUGAUUGAUUCGGGUUGCAUCAGUCACAUGACCCCACGGGCAGAUUUGCUUGAUGAGGUAAAACCCCCUGGGAAGAUCAAGUAUGUGGCAGCAGCGUCAGGUGCUUUGCUCCCUGUGAUUGGCGUUGGGAAUGCCAAGGUUAAGGGAGCUAAUGGGGAGCUUGUGGGGCUUGGGAAUGUUCUGCUAGUUGAAGGUUUGUCUGCUAACCUUCUCUCUGUGCGGCGACUGCAGAAGAGUAAGGCCGAAGUGACCUUUGGACCAACCAGCUGCCGUGCUAAGCUUGGGAAGAAGGUGCUGUGGAGUCUGGAAGAAGAGACCAGCUGCAUCAAGGACCUGUGGCAGCUGCCCAUCAUCCCUUGGAAUGGGAAGACUCCAACAGCAGCAACGGCAGCAGCGGCAAAGGCAACAGCAGGAGGAGAUGCAACUGCACCAACUGAUGGGGUCCUGGAAGCAGUCAAGAAAGUGCACCAGCAGCAGACACAUAGUGAGGUGCUUGCUGAUGUGGAUGCGAGUGCGGCAUGGGCUAAGGCUUCAUC